AUUACGCUGCAUAAGUCUGGUGGCUAUACUGAUUUGCAUUAUAGUCUAUUUCAAGAUAAUCACUGAAUUUCUCAAUGGAUCGAAUCAGGACUAUUUCAUGGAGGGAUACUUCAUCAAUACUACAGGCUGUCGUAUGUUGGCUCUGAAUCCAUUUUCGAAGACUGCAUUAUCAUAUCUAAGCCAAAUAGAGCCAAUGAAAUGCACUAAAGUAAAGCUGUUGGAUGCAAAGACCAUUAAGGGUGAAAACUACCUGGUAUUGGCCAUGUCGAAAGAAGAGAUUGUAAAAAUUUGCAAUGUGGAACGUAUUUCCGAUGUUUAUUGUGAAUAUAAUGUGAUAAAACGGCAGGAUGAUAAUGUGAAUAAGUAUUCUGAAAGUGGAAUAUUCCGAUUAAGCAAUCAGAAAAAGCAAAUUAAGUUGAAAAGUGGACCCAUAGUGUUACGCGUUGAGUGUUAUGUGGAAAAAAGGAAGACUGUCUACCACGAUGUUCAUUUCCUUGUUCCGAAACCUAAAUAUCCUUUCCCUUCAUCACCUCGACUAAAGCAUUUAUCUGUUAUGAUCAUAGGCAUCGAUUCCCUUUCUCAUAUGCAGUUUCUACGAGCUAUGCCUUUAUUGGGUGCGUACAUAGAGACUUUACCACAUGUUGAGUUUUGGGGUUACAACCGUGUCGGACAUAAUACUUAUCCCAAUUUGAUGCCUCUAUUUAGUGGGUUGAAUGAAACGGAGCUGGAGAAAGACUGCUAUAUUGGUCAAUUUAACUACGAUAAAUGCAAUUUUAUCUGGCAGCAUUUCAAAGAAGCUGGCUAUAACACAAGUUACGCUGAAGACAACAGUGUCAUAGGAACAUUUAACUAUGGGAAAUGGGGAUUUAAUAAGAAACCUACCGACUUUUAUUUACGUCCUGUGAUGGUGGAAGUUGAUAAAUAUACUCGAUACAGUAUUGACGAGCAAGAGGACAUUCACUGCUCUGGAAGUCGCAAGUAUUCGGAAAUUCUGCAUGAAUUUAUUUACAAGAUGAUACCUCAUUUGAAACAAGGACCUCAUUUCUCAAUCUCUUGGGAAACUCAAGGUGUGCAUGACUACUUCAACUAUCCAAAGUUUCUGGAUAAGGAUUAUCUAAAACUACUGAAACGAUUGAGGUCGAAUCAUAUUUUAAGUAAUACCUUAGUUUUUCUUAUGUCUGAUCAUGGAUUACGAUUUGGUUCUUUUCGUUCAACCUCCCAAGGAAUGUUAGAAGUAUCGCAGCCUCUUUUGAUAGCUAUCUAUCCGAAAUGGCUGGAAGAAGCUUAUCCACUAGCUAUAUCCAACCUUCGGAAAAAUGCUCAUAGUUUAAUUACGACAUUCGAUUUGCAUGCUACCCUCAAGGAUUUAACCAACAUAAACCUACUUCAGAAUAGCCACAUUGAAAACCGCUCAUUAUUACUAAAGGACCUUGGUCAAAAUAUGCCUCGGGGCAUUAGCCUAUUUCUUCCCAUACCGGAAACACGAGACUGUCAAUUGGCCAGCAUUCCUGCUGAAUUUUGUCUGUGUCACAAGCUGCAUCAAGUAUCCUCUACCGAUGAUAAAUCUGAAAAAGCGGCUCAAUUGAUGGUUGAAAGAAUAAAUUUGUACAUUAAGAACUACACCUAUUGUGAGUCACUGGAGUUAAAUGAAAUAUUGGAUGCGUAUAUUCUUAAGCGAAGCAAUGAUGACCAUGGGAUUGGUCUUAAGGUCCGUUUUAGAACACAACCUGGUGAAGGUUUGUUUGAAGGUACUGCAACAUUUUCGGGAAAUUCCUUGACCCUAAACGGACCUAUUCUUCGUAUCAACAGAUAUGGUAAUCAAUCUUACUGUGUGCAUAAUUAUAAAAUUGAAAUGUACUGUUAUUGUUUGGAAAAUUAAAAUA